GCUUCUCCAGCUGCAGCUUUGCGGUACGCCAGGCUUGCUGCACGCACUAUUGAACGUCACGUCUUAAUUAUCAAACCUCUCCCGAGCCGCGCUUCAUUCGUGCGGCAACGUAGCGCCCGGCACAAGGCGUAGCAGCGACCAGCGACCGACGCUCCGCUGCACUUGCGAGGCGCGGCGACGCAGCGAAACGCCGUCGACGCGGCGCCAAUCAAUCCACCACCGCGGCGGCGCGACGUAAGAAAGCACCAUGUCCUGGUUCCGCGGCGGCUCCAGUACCUCGCCCGCGGCCGACGCGCGCCUCACGGCCGCGAAGAUCGAGAUGGAGAUGAUGACCGAUUUAUUCAACAAGAUGUCGAGCGUUUGUCAAAGGAAAUGUAUUGCCAGUGUCAGGGAGGCCGAGCUCCACGUGGGAGAAAUGAGCUGCAUCGACCGCUGCGUCGGCAAAUAUCUCCAGGCGCACGAGGAGGUCGGGCGAGUGCUCAAAAAGGUCGAGGCGGACAUGAAGCGGCAACAGGAAGCUCAAGAGACUAUUGCUCGAUCCAUGGGUUCAUAAUACUAGUAU